AUGUGGUCGUGGUCUCUCUGGUCUCUUCUACUAGCUCUUCUGUUCUUACACAAAGUCUACAGCACACAAGAUGACGACACGCUGCCUCGCAUUGCUGUUAUUGGAGCAGGGCUCGGUGGAGCAUCUUCUGCCUAUUUCCUGCGGCAGUUGUUUGGUAAAGAAGUCCAGAUUGAUGUUUUUGAAGCAAAUAGGGUCGGAGGGCGUGCAGCUGUUAUAAACAUUGAUGGGCAAGAUUAUGAGGCAGGUGCCAGCAUUAUUCAUAAAAAGAACAGAUACAUGGCUGAGUUUGCCAGUCAGUUUAAUAAAAGUGAUGACCGGUUGUCUCAUUCUGCCUCAUUUAUCGGACUCUAUGGUAAUUCUGGAAUGGUGUUUCAGACCAGUGAUUGGCAGGCAGUCAGUUUAGCCAAACUGCUGUGGCGGUAUGGAUUCGAUCUCUACACUUUACGAGAGUGGACUAAACAUUCACUGAUUAGCAAGUUUGAAAGGAUCUAUGAGUUCCAGGACAGGGGGAUGGCGUUCACCACACUGGAAGACAUGCUGAGGGCUAUGAGUGACAGCAUCCUCAACAUGACUCGCCACAGUCUACAAGAUGUCCUUCGUGAUGCAGGCCUGUCUCAGCGCUUUAUUGAUGAGUUAGCCAUGGCUGCGCUGAGAAACAAUUAUGGCCAAACAACAAGUGCUCAUGGUUUUGUUGGUGCUGUUUCACUGAUAGGAGCUGAGUCAGAUUUGUGGUCUGUACGUGGAGGUAACAAACAGAUUGUAGAGUUGCUACUGAAGGAGUCCAAGGCAUCACUGAUUGAAGCCAAGGUCACCUCGGUUAUUUUGAUGAAAGAUGAACUUGGCACAGGCAGCAUCGCCUAUGAGGUAGAAUACGAGAAGACACAUGCGGAUCCUAAUAACAACAUUAGCUCCCGUGAGUAUGACAUCGUAGUAGUUGCAACGCCAGUGUCUGGCACUAAGCACCGGAUAUCAUUCAUCGAUUUUCCGAACCCCAUGACGCCAUUUGUUCAAGAUUACCACACAACAAUUGCUAUGUUUGUUCAGGGCAGAAUCAAUUCAACUACUUUCAAACUAAGUCACCAAGAUGAAUUUCCUACAGACCUUUUUACUGUCAGUCCAGAUUUAUUUUUCAACUCGAUCGGCAAACUGUCUUCUGUAAAUCCUGGCUCAAGAUCAGAGGCAACCGGGCAAAAAGAAAGUGCUGUUUGGAAAACAUUUUUAAAUAAAGUUCCCACAGAGGAACAAAUCAACCAGCUGUUUGAGAAUCGCUCCGACUUGAGACUUGUUGACUGGCUGGCCUACCCUGAAUACAGACCCGGCAACGACUUGCCACCAUUCAUGCUCUAUGACCGCUUGUAUUAUGUCAAUGCCAUUGAGUCUGCGGCAGCAGCCAUGGAGAUAAGUGUCAUCGGUGCCAAGAAUGUGGCCCUGCUUGCAUUCAACCAGUGGCACGGACAUUUUGAUAAAAUUGAUGAGCUUCAUCUGGAGAUAGGUGAGGAAGUUCAUGCAGAAUUAUGA